AUGGCCGAUCAUCUGCCUGAGGCCGAAGGGUCACAUCUAUCGAGCGAAAAACCACGGACUUCAGCUGAGAUAGAGAGACAGAUUACGUCAGAUUCUAUUGGAUCGUCAACUGGCUCGAGCAUCUCCUCUGCAUAUGACCCGCAGGUGCAUCGACUACAAUCGCGGAACACAGAGCUGGACUUGGAACGUCAUCGGACUGGAACAUCGAGGGCAUUGAGCAGGACUGAGACACAGCGCGCCCAACAUGCGCUCACUGUCGGCGAGAGUCUUCGGUCGCGCCCAUCGCGGGUCCCAUUGCCAGCUUUUGGUGGGGGCAAGCCCUACCCCCCACCUCUCCCUGAACGGGAGGAUUAUGUUGUGGAGUUCGAUGGGCCUGAUGACCCGUUAUACCCGCUGAACUGGCCUGUGAAGAGGAAGUGCUACAUUAGUGCCAUCCUCGCUUUCACCAGUAUUUGCUCCACCUUCGAUUCUGCCGUUUUCAGUGCUUCAUCUAGUAAUGUGUCGAAACACUUCAGCGUCGGCCUCGAAGUCGCCAUUCUCUCCAGCUCUCUAUACAUCAUCGGCUACGCCUCAGGCCCCUUGAUAUGGGCUCCCCUAUCCGAACUCCAAGGCCGUCGUAUCCCCAUUAUCAUCGCCAUGUUCGGAUUUGGAGUCUUCAACAUCGCAGUGGCAGUCGCAAAAGACUUGCAGACACUCAUGAUUAGCCGAUUCUUCUGUGGUAUCUUUGGCAGUUGUCCCUUGGCAGUUGUGGCUGCUGUUUUCUCUGAUAUCUGGGACAACCGCUCCCGUGGUGUUGCCAUUGCCAUGUUCUCCUCAACGGUGUUCCUAGGUCCUCUCCUGGCACCUUUCAUCGGAGGUUUCAUUAACAUGUCCUAUCUCGGCUGGCGCUGGACCGCCUAUAUCCCCGCUUUCAUGGGCUUCGCCGCUUUCCUUCUGAACAUUUUCUUCCUGAAGGAGUCAUACCCACCUGUUGUCCUAGUGGCUAAGGCCUCGGAGCUACGCCGCCGGACCAAGAACUGGGGAAUCCACGCGAAGCAAGAGGAAAUUGAGGUAGAUCUUCGAGAGCUGAUCAUAAACAACUUCUCUCGCCCGCUUCGACUGCUGUUUAACGAACCUUUGAUCCUAGCCGUCACCAUCUACCUGAGUUUUAUUUAUGGGUUGCUAUACUGCUUUUUGACCGCCUACACCUUGGUCUUCCAGGGUGUUUACGGUAUGAACGCUGGUGUUGGAGGUCUCCCACUCUUCGGCAUGGUGGUCGGCCUAUUCACCGCUGCAGCUUAUAUCAUCAUCUCCAGCAAGGCGUACAACAAGAAACUCGACAUGAAUGGUGGUGUGCCCGUCCCCGAGUGGCGUCUUCCGCCCGUGAUACUCGGCGGUGGUCUCUUCGCUGCUGGGCUCUUCUGGUUCGGAUGGACUGGUUUCAACGGUACCAUCCACUGGAUCGUGCCUACCCUAAGUGGCCUAUUUACUGGAUUUGGCCUUCUAAUCAUCUUCAUCCAAUUGUUCAACUAUCUGAUCGACACAUAUCUCAUGUUCGCCGCAUCAGCUAUCGCAGCAAACACAUUCUGCCGCUCAAUGGUGGCAGCCAGUUUCCCGCUUUUCUCGCGCCAGAUGUUCCAAGGAAUGGGUAUCCAGUGGGCUUCUACGCUUCUCGGAUGCGUUGCGGCCGUCCUUGUUCCGAUUCCCAUUGGGUUCUACUUCUUCGGUAAGAGGCUGAGGAUGAAGAGCAAGUUCGCGCCAUUUUAUGAAGCUGUCCAGGAAGGGCAUGCGGCUGAGAGUGCCGAAGAACAGGCGGAGGAUGUUGUGCACCGGUAA